CAAAAUUUGAAAGGGCAUAUGCUCUUUCAUGGAUCCCUGUUGGUUCCUCUAUAUCCACAUGUUCCUCCCCACACAGCAAACAACAAGACUACUGAUUCACUGAAACCUUUACCAAAACAUAACCAUUGAUUCAUCCCAAUAUAGAACUCAAGAAGAAAAGAAGAAAUGGCUUCAGCAACCACAAGAGCUUCCUUCACAUUCACACCUAAUUCACUCACGCAACCAUCCUCUCCAAAACCCAAACCCCACCUCACAUUCCCACCUCUUCACCUCAAAUCUCACUCACUUUCCUCCUUUUACAGAAACCCAAUUAAAAUCCAAUCACUCAGCUCACUUCCAAAGUCCAUUGAUGUCUCCAAAGAAGACAAGCCCAUCUCAGAACAACCCACUUCAGAACCCGAGCAGCGGGAGGAGGAGGAAGGGGAGAAAUUUGACAAGAGGAGGCUUGAGGAGAAGUUUGCUGUGUUGAAUACUGGGAUUUAUGAGUGUAGGUCAUGUGGGUUCAAGUAUAAUGAGGCUGCUGGGGAUCCUUCUUAUCCCAUUCCUCCAGGUUUGCCGUUUGAUCAGCUGCCGGCGGACUGGAGGUGUCCGACUUGCGGUGCUGCGAAGAGUUUCUUUGAUAACAAGAGUGUGGAGAUUGCUGGGUUUGCUCAGAAUCAGCAGUAUGGGUUAGGUGGUAAUACUCUUACCUCUGGUCAAAAGGCAUUGCUUAUAUAUGGUGGACUGUUGUUGGGCUUUGUGUUCUUCUUGUCUGGUUAUUUUCUUCAAUAAGUUAAUAUGAGAAAAUUUUGAAGUUAGUAUAUGUGUGUGUGUAUUUAUACAUGUAUAAGAAUUGUACAUCGUUUAGAAUGGAAUUUUUCAUUUUAACAUCGGAGAGGAAUCUUUGAUAACAGUCAAGUAGAGCUGUAGAGGUGUAAGUCAGUCCGGUCGAGUUCAUAAUUUACUUAUUCUAGCUUGGCAUAA